AUGAAGCUCUCUAUAUUCGACCAGCUCUUUCUUCUGGGCGCCCUAGUCUCAGUCACAGCAAUCCCAACCACUUCACUCGUUUCCAUCUCCGUCAACCCAAAUGUUCAAUUCCAAGAGAUAGAUGGCUUCGGAGCUUCACAAGCCUUUCAACGUGCCGAAGAUAUAUUCGGCAAAUAUGGUCUUCCCGAGGUCAACCAAACACUCGUUUUGAAUCUUCUUUAUGACGAGGUCAUCGGUGCGGGGUUCACUAUUUUGCGGAAUGGGAUUGGCUCUAGCAAUACCUCAACAAGUAAUCUCAUGAGCUCCAUCGAGCCGACUAGUCCAGGGAGCCCGAAUGCAAAGCCCAAUUAUGAUUGGGACAAUUAUAACAGUGGGCAGUUCCCGCUAGCAAAGCAAGCAUACUCCCGAGGCCUCCAGACAUUGUACGCCAAUGCGUGGUCCGCGCCGGGAUAUAUGAAAACGAACGAUGACGAGAACAACGGUGGAUAUCUCUGUGGUGUCACGAACGAGCACUGUUCGACUGGGAACUGGAUGCAGGCGUAUGCAAACUAUCUUGUUCAAUAUGUGCGAUUCUAUAAGGAGUCUGGCGUGGAGGUGACCCACCUGGGCUUCUUGAACGAGCCUCAGUUCGCUGCAACCUAUGCCGGCAUGCUAUCCAAUGGCACACAGGCCGCAGAUUUUAUCCGCGUGCUGGCAAAAACCAUCAAAGCCUCUGGACUUGAUUUAGAAAUCACCUGCUGUGAUGGGAUCGGAUGGGAUGACCAGGAAGCCAUGAUGGCUGGCCUCGAAGCUGGCCCAGAUCCGGCGAUCAACUACCUCGGUACUGUUACCGGGCAUGGAUACGACUCCGCACCGACUUACCCACUUAGCACCAAAAAAAAGACCUGGUUGACUGAAUGGGCCGACCUCACUGGCGACUUCACGCCGUACACAUUCUAUGAGAAUGGCGGACCGGGUGAAGGGAUGACAUGGGCUAAUCACAUUCAAGUAGCCCUCAAAGAUGCCGGUACAAGCGCAUUUCUAUACUGGAUUGGAGCGGAAAACUCGACGACCAAUAGUGCAUUGAUCAAUCUCAUCAAUACGGAGGUUAUCCCCUCGAAGCGGUUCUGGGCGUUUGCGCAGUUCAGCAAGUUUGUGCGCCCUGGUUCUCGUCGGAUCGAGUCAACCAGUUCCAGUGCAAAUGUUACUGUCAGCUCUUUCCAUAAUAAAAAUGGGAAGAUUGCUACACAGGUGCUUAACCAGCUGGAUGUUGAGGUUGAUGUUAGCGUGCAGAUCUCCGGGGGUAAGGCUGGACUUACUGUGCAGCCUUAUAUUACAAAUAACGAUCAUGACUUGAAGGCUUUGGACCGUGUAAAAUGCGGCAGCGGUGGUUCAUUCAAGGCUCAAAUUCCUGCCCGAUCGAUGGUUACGUUUGUUACUGUGUAG